AUUUUAUUUCAUUUUUACUUAUUCAUUUUAUUUUAAAAUGACUGUAAAAUCACCUUUUUAUAAUAAGCCUUCAACGGCUACAAGUGUUGAUUCAUGUCAUAAAUGUCCACUAAUACAAUCUUCUAGUUUAUCAUUCAAGACAGACGAUUUGAAUUUUUCACAAAAACAAGACCAGUCUACUGUAGCAAUCGUAACUGGCUUCGAACAAAUGAAGGUCUCUAGUACUUCCAGCAAUAACAACUCUAUUUCAGCCGUUAUUGGACCGUGCAACUCCAGUGUUGCGAAAUCGGACAUUGGAAGUACAGUUGUUCCCUCCCCUUCUUGUUCGAAUUGUGGUACCACUACCACCCCUUUAUGGCGUCGAUCUCCUCUUGGAGAAAUCAUUUGCAAUGCAUGUGGUCUUUAUUAUAAGGCUCGUAAUACUGCACGUCCUAUUUGGUUAAAAAGAAAUGCUUCAAAGCGUUCAAAACAUGUUUCUGUAAGCCCUGUCGCCACCCUUGCUCCUCGUCUUUCACGUCCUCCCCUUAACAAUCAUCAUAAACAGAGUCCAGUAGAUACGCCACUAGAAGAUUCGAUUCAUUUCAUUUGCGCUAAUUGCCAAACUUCAACAACCCCACUUUGGAGACGUGAUGAAUUGGGUCAAACGAUUUGUAACGCUUGUGGACUUUAUUUUAAACUACAUAAUGUACAUCGUCCUAUUUCAAUGAAACGCUCAACUAUUAAACGU